GAAAUAAUGAACAGAGCGACCCUGAAUGCCCCGCUGACAUUUCAUCUGAAGGAGAGUUCAUCACGACACAUUUACUGCCUCAUAUUUACUGUCAGACAUCACUGCAUCACUGGACCAGAACCAGAACCUGGACCUGGUAAAGUCUGGGUCUCAUUAAAAACUCGCCUGUCUCAGAGAAACAUUUGUCUUUCUGGACUCAAACACACCAGGUGAAAACACUUCAUGUGAUCAGGAAGUGUUUCCACCUGGAGGACAGGAGCCGAUGUGGACCCUGCAGAAGAAACAGGAAGUGAGGAAGCAGACAGGAUGGAGCAUCACUUCAAUUCUGGUCCUGUUGGAGACCAAAUCCUGUCCACCAUUGACUCUGACGCUCUGCUGACUGCUGCCUCACCUGAGGAGGAGCAGCAGGAGGAGGAGGAGGAGCAGGAGGAGGAGGAUGGUGAUAAAGGUGUGAUGAAGACGAGCAGCUGUGUUCUUCUGGAGCGACGACGCAGGAAACGCAUCACUCAGAGCUGCAGCACGUUGCGACAGCUCGUACCCACAAUCCACGGCGUUCACGUUGACAUGGUAACCGUGCUGGAGACGACGGUGGCUUUCCUAAAGACGGUCCAGGAAGUAGUCCAGGCCGAAGACCCAAAACUACAGCUGUGUCCUCCUGCUGAGACUGUUGCUGAUUGGCUGCUGCAGAGUCAGGAGAGCAGGGAGUCUGGGCACAAGAUGGCCGCUAAGAAGGAGCUGACCAGGUGAGCUCACCUGAAGAGACGUCAGGCACAUCAGGGUUGAAGUGCUUCCUUCAGGACCCGAGACGUCCAGAAGACAACGAACCAGAGACGAGCAGACAGACAGCUGUCUGUCAGCUUUAAAUGACUUCCUGUCUUUCUUUCGGCAGCUUCCUGUUUGUUUCUAACAUCAUCAUGCUGGUCGCCGUGGUAACUAGACCAGUCCAGGGUCCAGUCAUGACACUGGUUCUCUAACAUUAAUGGUACUGACAGCAGGAACGGGUUCUGACUGUCAAAGUUCAGUUUGGAGUUUGAGUCUUUUAUUUUGAAGGAACUGAUUUCUGUUUGUAAACAUAACAAAAUAAAAGUUUAAAUCAA